UGGUCGCUUGGAUUGAAUAUAACAAAAAAGCGUAGCCGAAAUACGAAUGCAAAUUAGAUGCAAAAUAAAUGGGUAAAAUGAGGUCAAGUAAAUACGAUGUUACCACAGUUUACGGUCUAUGCCAAGAUUAUUUACCUCCUGAUGGUGGUGAUUUCAGGUGCAUUAUGUACAGUAGAAGAUUACGUAAUAAUGUCACAGUGUGCACACAACAAAGCCAUACACCUAGCUGCGGAAGGAACAGUCUCAGUGACAGACAUUUCACAGAUACAAAAUAUAACGAUAGUCGGCCUCCCGGACUAUGUGAACAACGAAUUCAAAAUAGCACUGUACGCAAAAGAAACGCAAAGAUAUUUGUGUUUCAACGACAACUGGAGAUUAGUUGGCAUGAAGGAACUGCGCGCUACCUGCUACUUCAACGAGACCAUCGUUCACGGUUAUUUCGUGUUCCGUUCCGUUGUCGAUCUACAGCGACGUGUCGGGUUCACGCAUCGAGGUAAACCUGUCGGUCCCAAGAAGAGCGUCAACGAUGCCUGCUACAUGUUCAAUAAGAUCGAUGCCGAGCAGUUUUUCCAUCAGCACACGUUACCAAAAUGGCGCGAGAUGGCCGCAUUGAUGGCCAAUAGCAACAGCAGCAGCAACAGCAGCAACAGCAGCGGCAACAGCGGCAACUAUCGCAAAGUCUCGCGCAACAAAAACAAUCGCCACAAAUCGAAUAACCAAAAUCAAAAGUUGCGAGAGCAACAUGCGCAUCAUGGCCAUAAUAGUAGUAGUAGUCUAAGUAGCACUAACAAAAAACAACAACAAUUAGCAUUAGUUCGAAAACAACAAAAGCAACAGCAACAGCAAGAGCAGCAACGCCAACGGCAGCAACAUCAGGUGCGACAUCAUCACAAUGAUCCCUCAAUGCUGGCGCGGCGACAGCAGCGACGCAAGCAACAGCAGCAGCAGCAACAGCAGCAACAGCAGCAACAGCAGCAACAACAACAACGAGUCACAGCUAGUCCAACGAAACAAAUGACUGCCAAAAGUGCAACAACGAUAACAACAACAACAGCAGCAGCAACCACAGCAACCGCAGCAACAACCAAAACGUCGACAACAACACUGGCCAGCAAACGCAAAGGCAGACGAAGAAAGGCGCGCAAGCAAAAGCAACAGCAGCAACAGCAAUUGCAACAAUUGCAGCUGCUAUCCACGGCAGCAACAGUCGACACUAGCACGGACGAUAUGCUUGUCGGUAGCAGUAGCAGCAGCAGCAGCAGUUUUUCCACGGGCUAUGACGAUGCCUACAGCAGCAGCAACAGCUACAGCAGCAGCAGCAGCAGUGAGCCCUGGUCCACUUGGUUUGCCACGCCCACAGCAACAAUUGAUAACUUUACGCCAGAUGUGAGCAGCGACAGCAGCAGCACAAGCGCCAGCAACAUGUUGCUAGCAACAACAGCAGAAGACAGUAUUAAACCGUACAGCAGCAGCAGCAGCAGCAACAACUAUGAUGCAUGGUCCACGUUUAUCACAGAGUUUGAAACCGAAGCAUCAGCAACAACAACAUUAGCAACAGCAACAUCAAACAGCGGCAAUGAUACCGAAUUGCUGCAGUACGAGGCGGAUUUAAUUGAGAACAACGAUGCGAUUGAGAAUGAGUUGCUGACCACGGCACAGGCAAUAGCCAACUACGAAACCAAAGCAACAGCAACAGUAAUAGCAGCAAGGGCUAAAACUACCUCGACAACAGCAGCAACAACAGCAACAGCAACUGUAGCAACGACUGCAGCAACAGUUGCAACAGGCACACAGUUGGUGCUGGAACAGACGCCGCUGGCAGCAACACUGGCCACGCUAAUGUACAACAAAUGGCACACAACGCAGCAACAUGAGGCAAGUGCUGAGACUAACACGACAGCAACAGCAGCAGCAACAGCACCAACGACGGCAGCAACAGCAAGCACGCAUAAGCUCAGCAGGCAUCGCAGCAGCAACAACAACAACAACAACAAUGGCAACGGCAACGAAAGCCAGCAACAGUUGCUGCGGGACAGCAACAGCAAGCUAAACAAACUGUUGCGACCAAUUGCAGCCAGAGUUAGCACGCGAUUCCAGACUGUGCCCUCAGCAACACAACAGAAAAGUGCUGCAACAAGCACAGCCGCAGCAGUGGCAACAGUUGCUGUUGUUACUACACCACAGCAACAUAUUGCAGACAAGCUGUUCAGUGUUUACAAGAACAUCAACAGCAAUCUGAACAAUACGCUGACCGAAACAACACUCACAGCAGCAGCCGAGACAGCAACAGCAGCAACUGUUACGGCAGCAACAACCACUAAGAAAUCACUGAGAAAAUCCACACAGAAGCUGAUGGCGACACCCUAUCAUCAGUUGACAUAUGUGCGCAACGAGGCGGGUGACAUUGACAUUGAUAAUCUCGACAAUAUUAGCGUAUAUCCCGAUGUCUUUGAGGAUGUCGACAGCAGCAAUGAUAACGACAGCAGCAGCAGCGGCAAUGGCAAUGGCAAUGGCAAUGGCAACGGCAACGACAGCAGCAACAGCAGCAGCACCAGCAACAACAGUCGGCUCACCUUUGUCAGUGGCUUUCUGGCCACCUCGCCCACAUCCGUGUUGCCCGAAUCCAUUCGCAUAGCCAAGAUUAAGAUCAACAACGAGCGUCGACGAUUGCAACAACAUGGCCAACGGCGGCUUCGAAAUUUUGCGUAGUAAACGAAGAGUUUUGACAGCAAGACAAGGGUAUUAAAGGGGGUCGGUCAAUCGGCAAUCGGUAAUUGGUUAUCGGUUAUCGAUUUGUUGACGCAUUAGUCGCCUAUACUCAAGUACAGUUUUCAAAGCGCUUAAAUUAAUGGGCAAAGAAUUUAUACGACGUCAAAUGAUGUAAAGAAAUAAAGCUAAAAUUCAAGCAGAAAAAAAAUAAUUAUGCAAUUAAUUAUAUAAAUUUAUAGAUAUACUAUAUAAUGAACUGAUACAUAUACAUACUUGCAUAUAUAUAUAUGUACAUAUAGAAACUUAUAUAUAUAUAUAUGGGGAGUUGCUUUGGCCACAUGCAACAACUUUGGCUGCCUGAUUGAUGCCUCAAUUCAGUCAGCACUUUGCAACACUUGGCUACACACACACACAAACACACACAUGCAAAAUAUACGCCUAUAAGCACAGAACUCAGGCCACAUUUCAUCUUCGAAGUACUCAAAGCUAAGGCAUCAAAUACCAACUGAAAUACCAACAAUUACUUUAGUAAUUAUGAAAACAAUUCUUAAUUGCAAUUACUUAAGUAAUGCUAUUUUAAUAAUCUACAAAUUGUAUUUGCCAUAACGUUAACAUUUGCUUUGCAUUUUAAUAAAAAUAAAAAAGGAAACUAGAAAUUAUAAAUACACACUUUUCAAUUACCAUAACGUAUUGUAAUUGGGCAACUGUUUUCUUUCAAUUACUAAAAUAAUUGACCCGGUUAUAUUAAAACUCUGCACUCGACAGGCCACUAAAUACACUCAGCUCUUAAACACAAUGUCAAGAAAUCAGUUCCAUGGACGAACUCGAAGAACUGCUACAUAGUUAUAAAUGAAAGACAAUAAGAUUUUUAUUUAAAACUAAUAAAAUAAAAUGAAAAACAAAACGGAAAUUGUUGCAUAAAUAUAAAGAAUAAAAUGAAUUAAAUAUAAACAAUUUAAAAACGGUGUCAGCGAAAACUAAAUGAUAUAAUAAAUGUUUAGAUGCACUGAUUGUAAAAAAAAAUACGACAGCAAAUUUUGGUUUACUAAAGCAAUUAAAUUUAUUAGCAAUGAGAUUACAAAAUAUAUUAAAAACUAAUAAAAAAGAACAACAACAAAACUAUAUAUACGCAUAUAUUUUCAAAAUUUUAUAAUGAAUCGAAAACCAAAAUGGCAAAUUAGUAAACAAAUUUAAUGAGAAUGUUUUUUAAAUUCAUACGCAAAACGAAAAAAUAAAAGAAGUAAACAAUACUAAAACAAUUGACAACCAAUUCGCACAGCAAACACUUCCAGAAUAUGAAAAUCAAAUUUAAACUAAAAACUUUAAAUAUUAAAAAGUAAAAAAAAAUUUUAAUAGACACAACUAAAUGGAAAUUGGAAAUUAUUCAGAGAGAUAAUUUAAAAAAAUAAACCGAAUUUUUAAACAGCAUAUUGUUAGGGUUGCGCAGCACUGUAACAACGAAAACAGUGCUGCAAAAGGUAACAAAAAUAUA